CCGGGUGAAUUGCUCUCCCAGCUGGCUGCGCGGCGGGUUUUGAAUGGCGCUGCCGGGGGGCCGUAGACUGGUGCUUGGGGAGACGCUCUAAGCUAUCGGAACUGCUGCUGAGGAGGCGCCGUACCAUGAGCCGCUGAAACCUUAUUAUCCUACAGGCUCAUAUUAGCCUUGAUGUUCACACCUCCUCUGGACCCUCUGCUUUUGAGACCUCUCUGAAUGCAAGGUAGAAUGGAAAGCUCUUCUCAAAAACUCCAUUCAAAGAGGAUGUUCAGGGAUAUAAGAGAUUAUGGCAUCUGAAGCUCACAAUGAUAGAAAACGGAACCUUUUGUAUAUUGAGGGCCAUUCCAUUGAUCUUCCUAGAAAAAGGAUCUCUCAUUUCACUAAUAAGAACAUGAAGGAGGGUAAGAAAUCUCCAAAACAGUUGGCUGCUUAUACAAAUAGAACAGUUGGAUACACUGUGAAAAGUCCAGACAAACUGCACAAAGAAGUAUAUUACAGAAAGAAAGUACAUCAUUAUUUUCCAAAUCCUUGUUAUAGAAGAAAACACUUUCCUAGAAGCAGGGGCUGUGACAUGGCAAAUAAAGAAAAUGAACUGGCUUGUGCAGGCCACCUGCCUGAAAAAUUACGCCAUGACGGUCGGACAUUUUUACUUAAUGCCAGUGAUUCUAGUUCUUCACAAACAGAAAGCCCAUCUUCAAAAUAUAGUGGGUUUUUUACUGAGGUUUCUCAGGAUCAUGAGACAAUGGCACAAGUCCUUUUCAGUAGAAAUCUGAGGUUGAAUGUAGCUUUAACUUUUUGGAGAAAACGAAGUAUAAGUGAACUGGUAGCCUAUUUGGUGAGGAUAGAAGAUCUUGGAGUGGUAGUAGAUUGCCUUCCUGUGCUCACUAGCAGUUUACAGGAAGAAAAGCAGUACAUUUCACUAGGCUGCUGUGUAGAUCUGUUGCCUCUAGUAAAAUCACUACUUAAAAGUAAAUUUGAAGAAUAUGUGAUAGUUGGUUUGAACUGGCUUCAAGCAGUCAUAAAAAGAUGGUGGUCAGAACUGUCUGCUAACACAGAAAUUGCAAAGGAUGGAAACAUUCAUAUUUUAAAACAACAGUUAAGUGGAUUGUGGAAGCAAGAAAACCAUCUUACUUCUGUUCCAGGAUAUACUGGUAAUAUAGCUAAGGACGUAGAUGCUUAUUUAUUACAAUUACAUUGAGAAGUGUCAUCACCUGAAGAGGACUACUUUAUUCAGAAUUCUCCUGGACUGUGUUGCUUCCAGAAAGAGGUGUCUUCUGAGAACUAUGAACCAAGGAGGGAAGUGGAAUCUUCCAGAAAUGCCAUUUAAUGAAACCACUAAUUAUACCCUAACAAUCUACUUCACAUUGAAGUGGAAAAAUAUCCACAAGGAGCAUCUUUGACUUCAAUGAGGUGAAAGUGCACUAUGAAAAAUUGUAUGUCUUGACUGCGUUUGGGAUUUGUAUGAUUAUUUGGGGGAAAGUUGUUUAAGUGCUUCUAUGUCUUAUUGCAGUCCUUCAUAUUGCAUAAAAAUAUAAUUUAUACUGACAUGAAAAUAUAAAAUGAGCAGGACAUUUUACUAGGAACCACAAAGACCAAUCAUCCUUAAUAUUUUUUUAAGAUUGUGUUUUAUAAAACAAACCACUAAAAUGUGUGCAGCUACUUUGUGAUCAUAUUGAAAAGACUUUAAAGAUGUUUAAAACAACAUAGCAAAUAAUGGAUAAUUUUUUCAUACUGAGAUACUGUGUAAAGCAAGAUGCCUUAAAUAUUAGCCUGUUUGAAAAAGCCAAUGUAUUAUGUUACUUAUAUCUUUUAAAACAAUCAUGCAUACAAGCAUGAAAUCAGGGGUUUUACAUUCAUGUACAAUAUUGGUUUUGGAACCUAUUUCACAGUUUGAAAAACUUGAGUAUAUUUUUCUCUGAUUUUUUGCCAGAACUUUGUGUGUGUGUGUGUGUGUGUGUGUGUGCGUGCGCGCGCGCGCAUGUAUGUAUGUAUGUGUGUGCAUGUGUGUUUAUUUUGAGUAUAAAAAGUUGAAUAUGAAUUUGAUGAAUGCUUAACUGGAAAUGUCCUUGGAGUUAGGUAAUUUAUAUUCACUUUUAAAAAUUAUAUUUGAAUUUCUAUUAUUUUCAGUUCUGUAUCACUUAAAACUUUUAUUUGAGUAAAUAUACUAAAUGUUUCUUUUUUUUAUUUUUUAAUUCAUAUAAUUUCAUACACUUUCUAAAUUCUCGCCACUUGUGUUUUGGAUAGUAGUACUUAAUUCUUUAGAAAUGUUUACAGCUAGACUUGACCUUAUGUUCUCCAUCCAAAUAAUUGAUAUACUACCUCCUCUAAUGGUUGGUAUGGAAUAGGGUUCAUAUUUUUCUUGGUGUGUACAAACCCAGUUUUGGUAUGAUUACCAGUGGAAUGUGUUAAAAUUCCACAACUUUUAUCAGUAUGGCUAAUAUUGCCACUAGGUAGGGAUAGGAAGCUUUGUUUGUAUACCACCAGCUCACUUAGAACAAGCCUGGUAGUGAUCUAGCCAAAUGGUUUUGGUAAUCAGUUUUCUCUGAAAUGUUCCCUCAUGGGCAUGAAUGUAAAUCUGUAGCAUUUUCCAAUCAAUAACUACUGAUGUGAAUAUUGAAUGUGCAUCUUUCUUGCUUUAAAAGCAUAAUUUUCACUGAGUCUGGAUGAUUUUAUUUUGUAGUUGUGCCACACAGUGGAAAAUGUCAUAACUAUUGCUUUUCUUGAAUCUUUAGCUAGAAACGUUCCACAUUACUCUAAUUCCGUGAUCUUAAGAGGUGAGAAGGUAGUAAGUAUUGAUAAUCUACACAUUUGAGAGAGAAAACAUUAAUUUCCCUUAUUUCUCAUUUAAUACCCAAGUAAUUAUUCUUUUUAUUGAAUAAAUAGUCUGAGCAGUUAGUCAAUUGGAAUGAAGUAGUAAUGAGAUUUAGAGAAUUAGGGGAUCUGAUCCUUUUUAGUUAGCUUCAGAGAAAAAUAGCUGUGUUGAGUGCCCCUACCCAGUCUUCAAAAUUUGUGGUUUUAUUGACAAGGAGAACCAGUUGUGGAUAGCUCAGCACAAAGCCAUCACUAGUGGAAAAGUAAUUCAAAAGUAUAUGUUCAGCUGACUGAAUCAGUAGUGUCUUUGGAUACCAAAGACAGCACUUUAUGAAUACUACAUUUAAUACUAUAACUGCCAUGUUGAUUUUUGCUUUGGAACAAAGUUUUUAAUUUAUUUAAAUUUUUUAAUAGAUGUUUAGUCGAUCUUAAGUAAAAGUAAGAUAGCGAACCUCUGACAAUAUACAUCAUAAGAAAAUAUAAUUAUUCUUCUAUCUCCCUCCAAAAAAAAAAAAGUGCUCUUGCACUUGAGCACAGACAUUUUGGAUAGGAAUGCAUAAUACUCUACUUUAAACACUCUAAGCUCUAUAGGCAGCUUGAAGAUCUAAGUUAAAAACUAUUGAGUAGCUCACACUCCUGUUUUCCUGUUUUUAGUCCUCGUGUUUUUUAUUUCAGUACCUACCUCUCAGACAUUGAAAUCUAACUAGUGUUUGUAAGUGACUUUUAGAUUGCUGAAAGAAAGGUAUUAGAUAAACAAGUAUAAUUAAAUACUUCUGGUGUUAAAUUCUGUUCAGCUAUAGUAAUUUUAAUCAGAACAGUGUUGAAUUCCAGAAAGAGCCAAAGAAAGUGUUUACAAAGUAUUCUGGUAAUUGUAAACAGUUCAAACAUGCUUUGACCUAGAUUAGAACAAUUGCAUACUUGUUGCCCAUUUGUUGAACACUAACAGUGUUAGCAGUGUGGUGAUAUUUUAUACAGAAUUUAGGGACUAGACCCUUUCCAGUAGGGACCAAAGAGAUGCUUCCGCCUUUUCAGAUUCUCUUCUUAAUUUUGCAGCCUAGGAAGCCUUUGGGACUGGAAAUUUAAAGAUGUGAAUUGGGGUUAUCAUAUUCAUUUGGAUAGAUUGGAAUCAUGAAUUAGAUCAUAAUUAGAAUGACACGAAGAAUUAAGAGACAAGGACUAAAGUAGCAUGACUUUAAGAAAAGGUUGACUAAUGAUAGCACUAGCUUGUUUGCAUAGCAGAAACUGUAGAGUCCUGAGUUAUGUGAGAGUUUGCACGUAUGCUACCUAUAUUUCCUUCGAGGAAUGAUGCAUUUUAGCAACCAAACAUUGGAGACUCUUGAGAAGUUAGCCUAAAUGUUAGUUGAAACAGAAUUCUGUUAAAUUGUUCUGUAAAGAUAUGCUGCUAAAUUUGUAAUUGAAUCUGUUGUUAAAAUAAUAAUCUUAUUAAUAACAACCUUAGACUAUUCUUUCAUUUGGAAAGCUAUUGAGAAAAGAAUGUGCUACAGAAAUAGAGAUUAAAUUGUUAUAGUCCCUAAACACAAUUCACAUCGUCAGCAUUUUAAACUGUUUACUUGGAUACUUAAGUCAAUCUAGGAGCCACAAAUGGAAGAAGAAACAAAGUUUUCAUUAAAACUGAUUUACUCCAUUAAAGUUUACCCCUUCCCAAACCAACUACUUUCUUAUUUAAAGUUAAGAUACUAUCAGAUGCUACUGUCAGUUAAAAAAUAACAAUUUAAACAGCCAACUCAACUAAUCUGAUCCAUUCUGUAUAAAUACAAGAGUUUCAGUCUUUUGACAUAGGUUUUUGCCUUGCAGGUCACAUUAGCUAGAAAUAAUUUGCUGUUAGGGAUGAACUAUUAUGUCCUUUUUCCUUUAGCAAGUUACAUUUCAGACUAAUUUGAGGUUAUUUUAAAGCUUUUCUUAUGGCAUAGACUAAAGAAAUCGAAUACCUAAUGAUUUUAGAGUGAAGAAAACAUCUCCAAACUUUUAAUGCUCUUUUGAUGUACUGCAGGUUUUUUUUUUGUUUUAAUAACAGCACUAUAUUUCUUAAAUUAAUAUGAGUAUAAUAGGUCAUUAACUACCCUAGAACCUGAAUUGAGAUUAUUGCAAGUCAACUAGGCAAGAUGAACCAUAGAUCAACCUCCAUAAGUGGGGUACAAAGUUAGCAACAUUCUCAUUUAAGAUUAGACCACCUUAUUAAAUUUGUUAUCCAGUUUGCUACAUUAUUGAUCUAAGCCUUUUGUUUCAUCCAGGAUCUGCUGUGUGGUCAGAGCCUAUCUAUAAUACUGUAGUGUAAUCUCAGCAUAGCAGUAGAGCUGGUAUUUAAAGGAAGGACCUAAUACAUAUUAGGGGUUUUGAGCUGGCAUCCUCUUUCUCUUUUAUUGUAACUGGAAAGGGAACAAAGUCAGCACCUUCCUUCUGCCCCAGAGUCACAGAAACUCUGAUUUCAGUGCUGAAGGGAGGGAGACUUCAGAGACAGUAUAAACACAGCUUUUGGUAGAAAAGAAAUUCAUUCUAGAGCAUUCCUGAGAAGUAGCUAUAUUGCUUAUGCUUAAACUAUUGAAAGAGGAAUCCAUUACCAUCAGAGGCCUUCCACUUUAAGUAGCUGUAAUCAUAAUAACAUUUUUCUUGCUAUCAAACAAAAAUAUGACUCUGGGUCACUUUCACUCAUUGUUCCUCAUUCUGCCCUGUGGAAUCUCUUCUGUAUAACAGCUCUUCAAGAGGUUUUCUCAAAUUUCAUGGAGAAUCAAAGUUAAGACUAUAAAUGCAUAGAUUAAAUCAUCUAUCUUCCCUUGUUUAUGAAAAUAAGGGUAACAUUUACUGAUCUCUAGUUUUUUUUCUACUUCUGAACUCUGCAGAGAGGACUGACAACUUGGCAAUGACUUCUGGAUAGCUUAAUUAUUUUUCUUUACAUCAAACCAAAAGCUGCCUCCUCAUACUUUUUUACCCAUUGUUUCUGAAGCCAAGUAAAAAUCUCAGCCUUCAUAUAUCUGACAGUUCUUUAAAUACAAAGACAGCUGUUUUUAUACUACUCCUUAUUUUUUUCCCUGACUAGUCAACCUCAGUUCCUUUAAAUGAAUCUUCUGACAAGUUCUGUGGUUCCUUUUAUUAUAUUGUUCUUCCUUCUCUGGAAAUGUCCAAGUUUGUCAGUGUCUUUUCUAAAACCUGGCAGACAGCUAACAUUUUAAAAUGGGCAUCCUGUAAGCAUAUCAUCUUAAUAAGUCCAAAACAGAAUUAUCUUCCUGGCCCUCCACCUUCCCCCAAAUCGACUUCCUUCUUCCAAACUUCUCUAUUGCCAUUAAGGCACCCAGCUUUGUUGGUUAUCAUUCUUGAUUUCCUCAUUCUCCUUCACACUACCCAGUAAAUUGCUAAAUCCUGUUAUUUCUUUCUAUAUAUCUUUCUCGUACUUCCCCUCUUCUCCACUCACAGAACAAUCAUCCUAGUUCAGACCCUCCUCAUUACAUCUCAUCUAUAUUACUCCUAUUUGGUUUCUAUGCUUUAAGCCUUGCCCACUCCAAUCCAUCCUCCACAUCAUUGACAGUGAUUUUCUCAAAGUGCAAGUCUGAUCAUGUCAACCCAUUCCCCCCCUCCCCACCUCUUAAUUCCAGUGACUCCCUCUUAGCUCUUGCAUCAAAUAUAAAUUCUAAUAUUUAAGUUUAUCAUAAACUGGCCCCUUUCCUUUCCAAUUUACUAAUACAUUUUUAUUCUCACAUUCCAUGAUCCAGCUCUCUUGGUCAAUCCAUUUUUACACUCAUGCAAAAUUCCAUCUCCUAUCUGAGCCUUUUCAUUAGCUAUAUUUCUUUCCUCUCCUCCUUGAAUGCCUACAAUGCACUGCUUCCUCACCUCUGGGUUUUGGAAUACCAGAUUUCCUUCCAGACUAGAUUCCAGUGCCCACUUCUUCAUGAAGACUUUUUUGGUCCUACCUGCUGCUAGUACAUUCUUGCCCCAAACUUAAGUUUAUUCUUUUAUAUAUAUAUAUGUAUUCUGUAUAGACUUGUAUGUAUAGGGAUCUCCCUCUUUAGAAUGUAAACUCCUUGAACAUGGGGACUGCUUACUUAUCUUUGUAUCUCCAGAGCUUAAGACAGUUGCUAAUACACAUUAAAUGCUUAAUAAAUAUUUGUGAUUUAUUGGUGUGCUAUCAUCAGUGGAAAGUGCAGUGGAACUAUCAGUCACUUCCUUUAUUAUAGAUACUAUGCCUCUCUUAAUGCAGUCUAAGUCAUCAGGUUUUCUGACUACUGUUAAACUCAUGACUCAUUGAACUAGAAGUCUGCUAAAAUUCUUGGAUAUUUUUCACCCAUACUGCAUUGUUUUGUAUUUACACAGUAGUUUUUUAACCCAAUUUUUUCUUUAUCCCUAUUAAAUAUCAUCUUAAUGAAUCCUUAAUUCAGGGUUCCUUACCAGAGCUCCUUGCUUUAGUUCAUGCAGUUCUUUACAUGAGUAUAUAUACUAGCAUAAUUCUAUGUCACCACCUCCUUAAUAGAAUGCUAGACUUUGAGUCAAGAACUAGGCCCAAAUACAGCCUCAGACACUUACUAGUUAUGUGUUGCCUUGGAUAUUUAUUAGUUGUCUCAGUUUCCUUAUUUGUAAAAAGGGGUUAAUAGUCAUGUUCUUCACGUGUUCAUUGUAAAAUUAAAUGCAAUAAUGCACUUUGAAAACCUUAAGGUAAUAUUUGAAGAUGAGUUAUUAUUUUGAAUGCUAGUGAAAAAUACUUUGCUAAAAAGUAUGGGUGAUAAAUAGAGUAAACUAGAUAUCUUAAUGCCAAGAGUGAAAUUUGACUUACAGAGGUAUCACAGAUUCCAUAGGUGUAUCCCAUUACUAGUAUUCAAAAUGAUAACUCACCUUUAAAUUGCCACAAUUUCUUAAUUAUAUUUUCAAGCCUUCAAGAAAACUUUUUUUCCAGUCUUACUUGUAUUUAUUUUUCCUGAGCAAAGAACUGAUCAUUUCAAUAGUCAUAGUUCCAGAACCCAAAUCAUGUUAAUCAGAUACUAUCUUCCUAACUAGUUGUUCACAUUCUCAUACACACCUUUCUUUUUUGAAGUCUUCAUUUUCAUUUGGUAAUGAAAAUAUCACUUAUAUUUUUAAGUUCUUCAGUUUCUUGUACAAAACUUCAUUAUUCUAGCAGCAUUUCCUAGGUUUCUUUUGGUGGUAUGCAUUACCAGUAAUGCAUAGCAGUUGUGUUUGACAAAUCUUAAGAGAUUUUAUAUCACACUCCAGGCUUGAACUCCUGACCAGGAAAAUAGCAUAUUUCUUUCUUUACCCCAAGUCUAAAAACAACCAUCUCAGUUUCCCUAGCAAGAUAUUUCCAGCCACUGAACUUCACUUCUAUCUUUGAUUAGAAUAUAAACUAUUCUCCAAUGGUACUUGUGAAAACUCAUAAUUGUUCAUUUCAGCAAAAAUUUGUUAAGUACCUACUAUGUUCAAAGCAUUUCUAGGUGGUGAGGAUCUUUCCAUGGCAUAUGGGAUACUGUUCCUGCCUGAGAACACUUGGAGCUGAGCUUUAUGUUCCUUUGGAAGAGUUUCAUAUCUAUCCAUAGUACCAAAAGGUUUAGUAGUUCUUCCUUUUUUUGUUUUGUGUUUUUUUAUUGUUUGACUGUCCAAUACAGCUUAAAAAUUCUUUUCUGCCUCUAUAGAUUUUUUAUUUCCCCUUUCAAACAAGACUUCACUUUUCUCUGAUAAUUUAGAGAGUAGAGAAGAUUCUUCAGCCCCUUCAUCUCCAGUUUAAUGUGCUAUAGCAGACUUUUGCUACAUGUUGCUUGCAGAAAUUAAAAUAUAGUAUGUUCUCUACAAAUCAAUGCAAAAUACUCUUUGCUCUCUGUAUUCAAUAGAACCAGAAUCCUUAACACUUUUGUAGUUCUAAUUCUUGGGUUGGUGAUUCCUACUUCCUUCCUUCCGCAGCCUGAUCCACACUUAGUUUCCUGCCAAAGCGCUAAUGCAAGCAGGAACUGCCUUCAUUUCUCUGUGUGAAGGUGCUAUGAAAAAAAUCUAGCUUCUAGUCGGCUUUCUUUUAAUCUAUUUCUCCUUUUUUCUUUCCUUCCACUGUUGAUCAGACCUCAGAUACCUAAUUUCUAAUUCCCGUUUUUUCAAUAUUUUAUACUCUCAUUUUGACUAUAAAAUAAUUACAAACUCUGAAAUAUUAUCUAAAACAUUUUUAGAAUUCAGUAUCACACUUGUAUUUUCUCCUUAUAGGAAAUGAGGUAUCUGAGCUUUUUUCUUUUAGAGAUCUCACAUGCCUUUUGGGACCUGUUAUAUAAGGAAAUAAUUUAGUACUCUGCCGAGAAGUAUGAAACCAAAGGAGUUAAAUUGCCAUAGCCUGGAACAAAGAUUUUUUCUCCUCUUUGGUUUUUAUUGUUGUUUUUAUAAAACCAUGUGGGUUUUAUGCUCUAUGUUAAGUUUUCAUAUUGUUUCAAAAGUUAGUGGAAGUAAUAUUAAUUACCUAUAGUUUUUCAUUGCUACAUUUGUCUUUCUGUUAUAUGUUUUUCACAUAAAAUACAUGAACUGUCUUUAAAGUGAGAACUGCCUUUGUUUAUGUGUUUUCUUUUCCUGCCUCAGUUUGAUCUAAACACUACCCAGAGGUUCAUGUAAGAUAAUAUUUCUACCCUUUUUUUUAAACUGAAAAAACUAAAAGAGGGGAGUGGGGAGUUUCCUUACAUGAAUUACCUACAGAUCUUCUAGGAGAGAAAUGGAAAGAAUAUGAAAAAGAAUGGAUUUGAGGAAUGCUUUGAACAACUCACAAUUCAUGUAAAAACCAUUAAGAAGAAGAUAGCACAUAGAUUUUAUUUUGAAGUUUGGAACAGAAACAUCUGUCUUUUGGAGGUUUUAUUUUUAAUUAUAAAUAUUUAGAGACAACCUUCCAUUUUAAUGUAUUGACUUUCCUUCAAGCAUCAAAAAAAAUCAUUUUCUGAAUCAGUAGAAAGCUUAGAUAUCAGUAUUAAGCAAGUUAUUUGAGAUAAGUGUGUGUGUAGAGUUGGAAAAGAUUUUUGGAUGAAUUCCUACGUACGAUAACCAUCAUACUGUUUUGCUUUAGAAAGAAGGACCAGUUUAAGAUAUAAAUCAUUUUUAGCUGUAAAUAGGUUAAUUGAUUGAAGCCAUCCUAGUUAUUGCUGGAUAUGUUUUACAAGAACCUCAUAACACUCAGAUAGUAAUCUUAAAAUUGUUCUCCCUUCAUAAUUAAAAGCAAAACAUAAUCAUUUCUACAAGCUUUCUUGGAAAGGAAAGUUUUCUGUAGCUGAAUCUGAACCUAAAUGUACAAAUUUUCCUCCUUCAAAACAAACAGAAGCAAAUAUAGAAAGAUUGUCGCUACAGUGCUUGACAAAAAAAAAGGUGAAAAAAAGCAAAUUCAUGUUUUCCUUCCUGCCCAGCUCUGUUGCUUUUUUAUAGGAAGUUAACAAGCUCAAGUGAUAACACAAUUUUGCCGUUUGUCUUUUUGACUUUAUAAACUGGAUAUUUUUAAGUGGUUAUCCUAAGUAGGAAUUGAUCUUAAAAAUAGAUCUUGGCCAUUCCUAUUCAUAUCUACCCUGAGUAAAAGGGUAUAUUUGCAUUUAGGAAAUGUAAUGAUGUUCUCUGUUAAAAUGUAUCUGAAAUUAUGGGUUUAUUUCCCUAUGGCAUUACUUUUGCCACAGCAGAAAAUGAACAGAACCCCUUAGCAGACUCUUAUAAUAACACCUAUGAUUUAUUGGUUUUGUUUAAAACAAAAGUAUUUAAAUUACCAUAUAAUAUCAGCAAUAAAAAUAUAUUCUACAAGUUAUUUGGUGGUAGUGUUUGUUUUGACCAAGAAUAGUUUUUACCUCUUAACUCUUUGGCUUCAUUUUAACAACCAAAGUGAUCAGGACAUAACUAUUUGUACCCUUGUUCUUUACUUUUUUAUGAAUUAUUCUUAGUUUUGUGACUUCUACUUCAUUUGUAAGCCUUUUCUUUAAAGGAAAAAUGAAUAUUUUCAAAGUACAAUGAAUUAAAGGCAUUUUCCAACUUC